AUGGAGUACGCGGAGUACAGACCCGAUAGUAAAAACGUCGCGCUGAAGAAUCGCAGCGCGUAUCGAUUGGUCGGACACACGUGCGCGACGUACGCGCAGUACGUGGUGUACGUCGCCGAGGGCGUGGCGAAGAAUACGUUCAACGCGCUGCGAGGGAUAAAAGACUGGCGGACGGAUGAUGAGAAUGGGGAAAAGAAUGACUUGACGCCGCUGAGCGCGGGUAAGGCUAAGGACUUUUUCUACAUCGGGAACAUGUACGGAAACAUCGAGGAUACGUUUAAUCGACCGAUUUAUUCGUCGCCGGAGGAUUUUAUCGACGUCGCGAUUCGGGCGCCGGAACACAACCGCGGGUACUUUGCGCGCUUGCAAGCGACGCCAGAGUCGAGAAAGUGCUUGAAUUUGGGGAGUUAUAAUUAUCUCGGGUUCGGUGGCGUCAACGAGCACUGCACACCGGUUGUGGAGAAAUCUUUGAGCGAGUAUCCAGUGACGAGCGGAUCGCCCGCGGCGGAGCUCGGACGAGACAAAAACUUGCGCGAGGUGGAAGAUCUCGUGGCCAGAUUCGUAGGCAAAGAGAGCGCGUGCGUGGUCGGUAUGGGCUUUGCGACGAAUAGUACGGUGAUUCCGGCGCUUUGCUCGAAGGGCGACUUGAUCAUUUCUGAUGCCUUAAAUCACGCAUCGAUCGUUGAAGGCGCGCGCUUGAGCGGGGCAAAGAUUCGCCCGUUUAAGCACCAGUGCGUGGGUGACUUGGAACUCAUCUUACAAGACGCGGUUUUGGGUGGAUACAAUUACAACAAGAUUGUCGUCAUCGUGGAAGGUAUUUAUUCCAUGGAAGGUGAAGUUUGCAACUUGAAGCCGAUCGUGGAGGUGGCGAAAAUGUACGGCGCGCACGUGUACUUGGACGAGGCACACUCCAUCGGCGCCGUCGGUCCGACGGGGCGAGGCGUGUGUGAAGAGCUUGGCGUUGAUACCAAGGACAUCACCGUCAUGAUGGGUACUUUUACCAAGUCAUUCGGUGCCGCCGGUGGAUACGUGGCGGGUGAUAAAGAGGUUGUGGAAGCCGUGAAGCGCUUUUCGCUCGGGUACACCGAGGCGGUUUCCAUGGCGCCGGCGGUGUGCGCACAAGUCCUCUCAUCUUUGCGUUUGAUUUCCGGCGAAGACGGCACAGAUAUCGGAAAGAAAAAGCUUGAUGCGCUCCGAGCAAACUCGGAAUUUUUUCGUGAUGGCUUAGUAGCGCUUGGCUUGGAAGUUCUCGGCCAUCAUCCGUCACCAAUCAUGCCCGUCAUGCUCUAUCAACCAUACAAGAUUGGCGAUUUCUCUCGUCUUGCUUUCAAUCGUGGUUUAGCCGUGGUCGUCGUCGGUUCUCCCGCCACGCCGAUAACGCUGCCGCGUGUGCGCUUCUGCAUUUCUGCUGCGCACAAGAGGGCCGAUCUGGAGAAUGCAUUGCACGUGAUUUCUGACAUUGCCGACGAGCUUUGCCUCAAGUUU